AAUCAAUUGGCAAACUUGGAGGUCGAGCCCGGAGUCCAGCGAGGGAGGUGGGGAGGGGCUCGGGGGCUGCCCCUGGAGGUGGAGGGCGACGAGUUGGGAGACCUUGGGGAGGAGGAGUGGGAGGCUGUGCCGGGGGUAGUUGGAGACCAGAUGCUGUGUGAGGCGGUGGAGGGGGGAGUGGGAGCUGGAGAUCAGCCUGGGGUUAGGGGGCGAAAGGGCCUCCGGCCAGUCGGAGCCCUGGAGCUGGGAGGCUGGGGGGGUCUGGGCCGGAGAGUAGUUGAGAGAAGGUGGACCGAGUGGGGAGCCGGCUCCCCGAGGUGGGGAGUUGGCGGCGGCGGCGCCGAGCGCCCGGCAGUUGCCGCCGGAGGUGGCCGGUGUUUGUUGGAGGGCGGGGAGAGUUGCGGGAAAGGGGAGCCCGGGCAUUGUCUGCGGCAGAGGGACCUGUGCCGGGAGAGCCCGCGGGAGCGCGGAGACCCACCUCCGACCCUGAAGCCAGAGACUCAGCCACCCGAGAAACGUCGGAGAACAAUUGAGGAUUUCAACAAAUUCUGCAGUUUUGUCUUGGCCUAUGCCGGCUACAUCCCGCCCAGCAAAGAGGAAAGCGACUGGCCGGCCUCGGGCUCCAGCUCUCCACUGCGAGGUGAGAGUGCGGCCGACAGCGACGGCUGGGACUCAGCUCCCUCCGAUCUCCGGACCAUCCAGACCUUCGUUAAGAAGGCCAAGUCAUCCAAGAGACGGGCUGCUCAGGCAGGUCCCACCCAGCCAGGACCCCCAAGGUCCACCUUCUCUCGUCUGCAGGCCCCUGACAGUGCCACCCUGCUUGAGAAGAUGAAGCUCAAGGACUCUCUCUUUGAUCUAGAUGGGCCCAAAAUGGCAUCUCCGCUGUCUCCCUCAUCCCUCACACAUGCCUCCCGGCCCUCUGCUGCUCUCACCCCAGUACCCCUUUCCCAGGGGGACCUCUCCCAGCCUCCUCGAAAGAAGGACCGAAAGAACAGAAAGUUGGGGCCAGGAGGGGGGGCUGGCUUUGGGGUGCUUCGGAGGCCUCGGCCAGCCCCUGCAGAUGGGGAAAAGAGGUCUCGAAUCAAGAAGAGCAAGAAGCGGAAGUUGAAAAAGGCAGAGCGGGGGGAUAGACUCCCACCUCCUGGGCCUCCCCGGGCACCUCCCAGUGAUACAGACUCUGAAGAGGAGGAGGAGGAAGAGGAAGAGGAGGAGGAGGAAGAGAUGGCAGCAAUGGUAGGGUGUGACACCCCAGCCCCUGUGCUGCCAACACCCCCUGAGGCUCCUAGGCUCCCUGCCCCAGCGCACCCCGAAGGAGCCCCUCCCACUGACAGUGAAAGCAAGGAGGUGGGCAGCACUGAAACAAGCCAAGAUGGUGAUGCCAGCUCCAGUGAAGGGGAGAUGCGGGUCAUGGAUGAGGACAUCAUGGUAGAGUCAGGUGAUGACUCGUGGGACCUGAUCACGUGUUACUGCCGAAAGCCCUUUGCUGGGCGGCCCAUGAUUGAGUGCAGCCUCUGUGGGACAUGGAUCCACCUCUCAUGUGCUAAGAUAAAGAAGACGAAUGUCCCUGACUUCUUUUACUGCCAGAAGUGCAAGGAACUGCGGCCAGAGGCCCGGCGGUUAGGGGGGCCUCCCAAAUCUGGAGAGCCCUGACAUCACUGUCUAGGCUGGAACUUCCACAUGACAACAGGACUUGGGAACUGAGCCUCGGGGUCCUCAGCCCGUCCCCCGGAGCUUGGAUAUUGUCCCACUUCAAGGCAGGAAGUCCCGAGGGAGCCUUGUUUGGAAAUGAGUUGUUACUGUUCUUCCUUCCCACCUUGUGGACUUGAAAUGGGAGCCAUUACAGUUGGGGGUGGGAGGCUGUCUGGGUCCCUAGACACUUAAUCUCUGUCCCUUGGACCUGCCACCUCUCACUCAAUGUGCCAGGGUUGGAAAUGGGAUGGAAUGGGACAGUUGUCUAUAAAACGCUAGUGUAAAUACAGCACUUCCCUCCCUCAUCUUUUCUCUCCAUCCCCAUUUAUUCUACACUGGUUUUGUUUUUAAUUUUGGACUUCCCCUUUUUGGGCAGGGCAGCUCAGAGGUGGAGUGCCAGAGCCUGGCUGAGGGAGGAAGGAAGACAGGUGAUCAUUCUCCGGGUCACCUCUUGUUUUUAAUAAUACUGGCCCGCAUCGGUGCGGGUGCCUGCGUGUUGUAAAUAAAGCGGAGUGGGCUCUUUUGUGUUUACAGCC